ACGCACGGUGAAGGUUAUGUACGUCAGCUGUUCGCGAAUCCUUCUCUCUGUGGUGUGGCUUCGGGCUUAUUCAGUGUAUGAAAUGAUUGCGAUUCGUUUUGUUUUGCCCUUUUAUAUGUGUAGAUGUGUGUGACCGAUUGUCGACGACCACCACAUACACAACGAACGAAAUGUUUAAAAACCAGAUACACAAAUUGCGUAUUCUUUAUGUCCAAGUUAACCGUAACCGUAUGUAACUAAAAUGGUGAUCAAUUAUUAUUAUUUUAAGAUGCAGAAAUUCUAGUAUUCGAACGAAAUGGAGACCGAAUGCCCUCAUUUGGACGACUACACCUCGAUUCCACUCGAACUGGUGCAAGUCAAAGACAAACAGAUGCAAUGUUCUGAAUGUUCCCAUAAUCAUAGUCUAUGGAUGUGUUUGACGUGCGGUAAACUAUAUUGCGGUCGUUAUGUAAAUGGGCACGCUUUACAACAUUACCAAGUACACAACGAUCAUAAACUAACCAUUAGCACCGAAACUGCAUCUUUAUACUGCUAUAAAUGUGAUAACGAUAUUCACGUAGAGGUACCAAAUGGUCCGCUAGAAGAGUUGAGGAAAACAAUCAUUGUCGAGAAUUACAUCAACAACGAUUCCGAAUCAUUCGACGGUGGAGAUGUGAAAGAAAAUGAUAACGUGAAUAAUAUAUCAGAUUCCAAUUCCAUUGAUACUCGCGUAUUACGAUCAAAAACUCAAAAAAGAUCUCAUCCGAAAGAUAACGAUGAUCAGACUGAGAACAAACAGAGUCGUAAGUCGUCCAUACGCGUACAACAGAAGCCAGUCAAGAAAGCCGUUGGAUUGAGGAAUUUGGGAAAUACUUGCUUUAUGAACGCUGUUCUACAAUCACUCAACAACAUCCAUCCAUUCUCGUUCUACAUCAAGCAACUACCAUCGUUUGAAAAAUUGAGAAAAAAUUCGUGGAAAGACGUUCGCCAGCUGCGUAACUCGAAAGAAUGCAACGACGUUCUAAUGGCCGAAGAAUUACGUAAAAUUUUACUUAGUUUAAAUUGCGAAUACCAGGGACACGGUCGCAACGCCAUUUCCCCCGAAUCCUUAUUCCUAGUUAUAUGGAAAGUGGUGCCUCGAUUUCGCGGUUAUCAACAGCAAGAUGCUCAUGAAUUUUUACGUUAUAUGUUGGAUCGAUUGCAUAUGGAGUUGUUACUCUUACUUCCCGAGUUGAAUUUGAAAGAUGUGAAUAUCGGACAGAAAGGAAGGGCUUCCAUAAUUACCUGCGUAUUUGGAGGUGUUCUCCAGAGCGAGGUUAAAUGUUUAAAUUGUUCCGGAGUUUCGAAGAAACAAGAUCCAUUCCUCGAUUUAUCCUUAGAUAUACCGGAUAAGUACUUACCUAAACAUAUAUCGAGCAAAAGAUGCAAAGAGGUUGAUCAAGAAGCGCCUGUUUGUAAUAUUCAUGAUUGUUUAUCAAGUUUCAUAGAAGUCGAGGAAUUGGCCGAAAGCGAACAAUACUAUUGUAACAAUUGCAAAGAUAAGCAAAAAUCGACUAAACGGUUCUGGAUCAAGCGAUUGCCUAAUGUAUUAUGCUUACAUUUGAAACGUUUCCGGUGGAUAAAUUUCUAUCGUAUGAAAUUGGAUACCGAAGUUUCAUUUCCUAUCGAACUUUUAGACAUGUCUGAUUUCACAUUACACGAUAUACGGGACACACGUCAAUCUUGUAUGGGUAGUAAUGUUUACGAUUUGGCAGCUGUUAUUGUGCAUCACGGGUCUGGAGCUGGCUCGGGACAUUAUACUGCGUUUGCUAUACAUAAAGGUCAAUGGUUUCAUUUCAACGAUAGCAGCGUACAACAAGUGAAAAGCUCCGCUGUGGCUAAAUGCAAACCAUAUAUACUAUUUUAUAUCAGACGGGAGGUCAGAUUACCUAAAUUAUUUGAAUCUUAAAAAGAAUACGAUAAAAGGUUGAUCUCAUUGACAGUUUAUUAGCCUGUAGGGUAACAUAUGGAAUGUUUUUUUUAUAUGUUCGUCUGUCUGUAUGUGUGUAAUGUGUACGUGUAUGUGUAUUUUGUAUAGAAGAAAAUUUUGAAAUCUUACUCUUAUAUUCGGUGAUAACGACUCUUUUAAUUUUAAUUCUUUAUUCGUCUCUCGGCGCGUGUAAAAAUUUUCCAAAAAUGAUUCGCUAUUUAAAAAUUACCUACUACCUAUAAGAGAAUUUACGCAUUUCAUUAAGCAUUUGUAGCGUUGAAAUUUGUUGUAUUUUAUUAUGUGAUAUUGAAUACUUCGAACCGUGUCUAGGUACGAAUAUUUUUUACGAUUGUGAAAGAGAAAUUUACUACGACGAAUGCUUUUUAUGAUUAUAAUUUUAAGUUUCGCGUGAAUUUUUUUUUUUUUCGUUUUUUUACGCAUACCCCUACGUAUAUUUCGUUCGACGAUAAAAUUUCGGUUUUGUAGCUAUGUUUUUUUUUUUUUAAUUGCAUUGCUGGUGAAUACUCAUUUUUGCCUUUGGACGACGCAACGUGUUGCAGCAAAUUUCGAGAUAAUUUGUACAUUACGAAUGUCAGUAUCGUUCUGAUAGUGCGUUCGAAGGAAUAUUGGAUUUCAAACUAUCGUAGAUCUACGAUGGUUUAUCGAUGAAAUUUACGUUUUGAACCUUGAUACAACAACGAUGAUUGAAAUUUAUUCGCGGAAGCGAACGAAUUCUUUCCGUUUAUUCCUAACUAUAGUGAUACUUAUGGCUUUUUAUAAUUGAUAUCGUUUUUUGCGCUCAUCAACGGAUGCUUUAUUUUAUUUGCAUUACGGUUUAACUUUUAACUUGUAAUAUGCGAUAAAUAUAUUAUUCAAGUAUU